UCUAAUAACCGCUUGGUGCCGCCUGUGGGAGAAACGCGGAAGAAGAGUUCAUUCAAGGCGUCUGGUAAAUCGCACGUACAGGACACACACACACGUACACGAGUUUCCCCCGGUAAACAUGCCAUCGUGAAGCUUCUCCAAUGCGCCCUCGCGUUUUCCCUCUCAUUCCCAGCGGUUUCGAGUGGAGAUGUCUGGACACACAGCACUGCAUGGACUGAUACUCUUAUAUUCAAUUCACCCGCUCGUGCUCGCAGAGAAACCGGAUGAUGGCUGUGGUCAUUAUGUCCUGGGCCAGGAGAGUGGUGUCCUGUCCUCCAAGAAUUACCCAGGAACUUACCCCAACAACUCCUGGUGUGAAUGGCGGAUCCGCGUACCCAUCGGCCACACGAUCAUCCUCAAGUUUGGAGACCUGAACAUGGAGAAGAAGGACUGCGAGUCAGACUAUUUAAAGGUUCUAAAAGGAUCAUAUGGGGCGGAAAAUGUGUACUGGGAGUACUGCGGGGGUCCGAUGCCCAAGCCUACGCAGAUUCACACAGACUCCAGCGAACUGACUGUCCGCUUUCGUAGCAGCCAGCACAUCUCUGGAAGAGGAUUCCUGCUGUCAUACUCCACAGAAAACCACAAAGAGCUGCUGACAUGCUUGGACAGAGGCAGUCAUUUCACAGCAUCACAGUACAGGAAGUACUGUCCGGCCGGAUGUGCAGCGGUGACGGGAGACGUGUCUGGGGACAUUUCCCUGGGCUACAGACAUACGUCAGUUUUGUGUAAAGCAGCGGUGCAUGCUGGGGUCAUCAUGGACCAGUUUGGAGGACCAAUCACAGUGGAGGAGCGCCGAGGGCUCAGUCACUACCCUGCGGUCAGAGCCAACGGCGUCCAGUCAAAAGAUGGCUCGUUGUCUGAAACCCUCUUCACGUUUGUGACAAACGAUUGCAGCCAACAGACUGUUUUUCUUCAUCCAGUGGGAUCUACUACAAACUUAUCAACACACAACAUCUCCUGCGAUGGGACUGAAGUGGACUGGUCCCCUAACAGCAUCCAACCGGGUAUCUCUGAAGACCUCAACCAUAACCAUCCACAGUGGCUACAGAUUGAUCUUGGAGAAAAGAGGAGGAUCACCGGCAUUCUGACAACAGGCUUGACCAUAGCAAACACUGAAUAUUUUGUGAAAAACUACAAGAUCGAGUACAAGGAGAGAAACCGCUGGCGGACAUUUGUCCAGUACAAUAACUCUGAUGAUAUGACUUUUGAAGGAAAUACUGACAGCCUCCACCAAACACGCAACACCUUCCAUCCCUCCAUCGUAGCACGAAGCAUUCGUUUCGUCCCUCAACAGUGGCACAGAAUAAUUGCCGUGAGAUUGCAGCUACUGGGCUGUCCUUAUGUUAAACCCAUCCCAGUGAAUUCAUCGUCUCAGGUGACACAGGAGGCCCAGCCGACACAGCCCAUUCACAAUGACAUGACCAAACCAGUGCCCUCUCAGGCUGAUCUUGUUAAUUUGGUUGUAAUAAUUGCGCCCACCAUUCUUCUUGUGGUCCUGAUCCUGGUGGGAAUCUGUUUGUUUAAAAUGCUAUACAAUAAGAAGACAAAGGAGAACACGUACGGCUCUGCAGAGAACCAUCAUACAGGCUGUUGGAGACAGAUAAAACAGCCGUUUGCCAGACACCAGUCCACAGAGUUCACCAUCAAAUACAGCUCCGAGAAGGACCCCAUCCAGAAGCUGGACCUGGUUACCAGGGAAAUGGCAGCCGAAUACCAGCAGCCACUCAUGCUCGGCACGGACACUGUGUCUCGAAAAGGCUCGACGUUUAGGCCCAUGGACACCGAGGCCAAAGACAAGGACAGCGAGGCUACUUCUCACUACGACCAACUGCAGACGGGCAUCCAGUACGCCUUGCCACUGACCAAUCAGGAGCCAGAGUACGCCACGCCCAUCAUCGAGCGCCACGCCUUCCGCAAAGAUCCCUUCCUUCCUGAUCCCAGCUACAGCGUCCCAGGGGUGGUCCUAAACAAAAGCCCGUCGUUUCGAGCAGUAGAGGGCAGCAAUUGCAGGAAAGUGAUCGGAGGACUGGCUGGGGGCUACCAGACUCCCCAAGUCAAACUAGACAGGGGCAAUUACCCAGAGGACAUCUACGACAGCCCUAAAAUCCAGAAGCCCGUCGUGAAGAACGGUAGUUGCUCGGCGUACCAAAGACCCCAGAUUAAGUCCCCGGAGCAGGAGUGCUAUUCCACUCCGAGAGACUGCGUCAGACUGCCCUUCUCUGGACUCAGACCCGACCCGGAGGGCAGCAGCUCAGAGGGAAGCUGAGAAGAAACACACUGUGAUGUCCCUGAUUUUCUUGACUCAACAAAAUCACCUCCAGACUAUUCUUAACUUAUUUGUGUAUGAGGGACUCCUUUUUUGUGUAUUUCCGAGGCCGUGAUCAGUUUGUGUAAUUUAAAGUUUUUUUUGUAUAUGCGAGAUACUUUGUCUUGACGAAUCAAGAUCUUUUAUUUUUAAUAUUUCCAGUUUUACUUUCAAUCAAAUGCAAUAUACAGGGAGAACUGCGACGACGCAUUUGUUCCCGUCAGACACAAACUGUGAAUGUAAACCAGAUUUUCAUGUUUUCUACCAUGUGACCAUUAUCUGAUCUUCUCUGAACAUGGACAACUUCACAGAUUUUCAACCAGCUUUGUAUUAUGUCAGUCAUAUAUGUAAAUGACCAAUGUGUGCUCUUUCUCCAUGUGUCCUGCACCAUGUUUAUUUGUCGGCAAAUUUAAUGUUUGUGCGAUGCUUUUGGUGAUGUCUAGGUGAAGAUAACAUGGAGAAAGACUAUAAACUGUUCAUUUACAGAUACUGUUCUAACAACACAAAGCUGUUUGACAAUCGGCAAAGGUCUACAGAUGGAAAAUAAGAUGUUAAAGCAAGCAGAUCCGAAGCUCUCUUGGUGAUCUUUGGGAACUUCGCAGUUGCUUUGGUUCUUCUCAUAAAAGAUGACUUAGAGGCUUCAUGUUCGUGUCUGAACUAGCUCUACACCAAUCAAAACACAUGAAAUAAGGUGGAAACACUAUUUUAACGCAAAAUAGUGGAAGCAAACUGAAAAAAAAAUGUUUGUUCCCAUAAUGCAAGUGAAAUGAUGAUCUGAUUUUGACAUCCAGCUCGUUUUUUAAUCAGAAUUGGGUAUAAGGAUUGUUAGAUUCAGCCAUUUUGGACCGUUUUUCAUCUCAUUCUGCUGUGUGCAAUUAACAAUGUUGAAUCUCAGAUGAUCUGAUCUUUUGUCCAUGCUGUAUAUUGAUGUUGAUUUCGUGGUUUUGGACGCCCCUUGUUCCAUGUGCAAACUGAGCAAUAACAGACUAAAAUUUCUUCUCAGAUCCUGGUUUUAUUUGGAUUGUCUAUAUGCAUAUGUAUAUG